AUGGCCGUUGAGCGAGUGAAGGGAGAAAUACAGCUUUUACGCAUGAGAUCUGAAAAUAGCCAAAAUAAGGUAAUUGAAAUUGAUGAGCAAAUGGGUAGCGAACUUAAGAAAAAAGCAAGCGGGAGAAUACUUGAUAUUCUGGAAAACAUGUGGAAAGUGGAUUGUGAGAAGGAAGAAAAGCGAUCACAGGAUAGAUGGAGAAUGAAGGAAAUCUGGCAGUUAGAUUAUGUAAGAAAAUACGGGAACAGUAUAGUGAAAGAAAAAAAUCAGAAGAAGCCCAAAGAAAACGUACUAAAUAGAGCAGCACGAAAAAAACCGAGUUUUGCUGAAAUUGUCAAUCAAAAUUCCACCCAAGAAAACGGAAAGCAAUCAACGAGCAAUGAGCAACAACGGUCAACGUUGCGACCACAAGAAAAUACACGUAACAGAUAUGGAAGAAAACAGCACAACGUGCCACAAUAUACGGGCUAUGAAAAAAGAGUAAACAAUGGAACACAACAAGUGAAACAAAGGAAAACUUCCAGUUACUCAUACAACAACAAUAACAACAGCAACAACAAGAACAACAGCAGUAACAAUAACAGGCAUGCGGAGGCAAACCAGGACACGGACAAAGAUUCCAGCGACAACGACAACAACAGCAACGACGAAAUACGUGGAUCCAAAAAUAAUCAAUUUGUCCACCAAACAAUUAAACGAAUCCGAAAUAAAGCUUCUAUCAAAAGGAUUGAAAUACACACCAACCCCAUGCAGUAA